UUAACUUGUGGGCGCUACGAGCAAAAUCUUAAGUGGAAUGAGUUUUGUGCAGUGAGAUGGAUGCCAAGAUGAAUGCCAUCAAAAUAAUAGUGCUGCGCUACAGAAAUUGUGACACAAGUGAAGAUUCAUCGAGUUCUGAUGACGAAUGGAAUGUGUUAUUAUUUAAAAGAGAAAAGCGUAAACAUCGUCCACGAAUUCAAAAUUAUGUCGAUAAUGUUGUGGUUCGUUACAUGGGACACGAUUUCAAGAGUCAUUUCAGAAUGUCAAAAGCAACUUUUCAAUAUUUGUUAGAAAUGCUAAGACCGUAUUUGACCAGAAAAACAAAAGGAUGUCCUAUGAUUCCAGCUUCUCAUCAAUUAAUGAUAGCUAUUUGGAAAAUGGCAACCAUGGACUCUUACAGAUCUGUUUGCGAUAGAUUCAAUGUUGGAAGAGCAACUGCUGUUCGAGCUGUGCGAAAAGUUACCCGUGCACUUUUUUUAAAUUCGUCAACAUUUAUUAAGUGGCCUACUGGUGAUCGUGCUAUAAGGGUUAUGCAAGGAUUUAAAGAAAGCAGUGGAUUUCCAAAUACCAUUGGGGCCAUUGAUGGUACCCACAUUCGAAUUGAUGCACCAAAAGAAAACCAUGUCGAUUACAUCAACCGUAAAGGAUUCCAUUCGAUACAGUUACAGUUAGUGUGUGAUCACAGAACUUUGAUCACACACUGUUAUGCUGGGCAUCCUGGGUCAGUUCAUGAUCAACGAGUUUUUCGCCAAUCUGAGGUAGCAAACUAUUUAAAUGAUGAAGAGAAAUUUCCAGCAGACAGUCAUUUAUUGGGAGAUGCGGCAUACGAGAUUCAUCAACACUUAUUGACUCCCUUUAGAGACAAUGGACACCUAACAGAGGCACAAAACAAUUAUAAUUAUCGCAUGUCUGUAGCCAGAGUUACAGUCGAGAGGUGCAUCGGUUUAUUGAAAGGGCGCAUGAGAAGUCUAUUGCACUGUUUGCCUAUGUCAAGAGUGGCCUUAAUGGCGGAAUAUGUGAUAACUUGUUGCGUAGUCCAUAAUAUCUGUACAUUAAGAAGUGAUGACAUACCCGAAGUUAUCACCAUACCCCCAGCCUUACAAGAAUGCAACAGAGCUGAAGAAAAUUUGCAAAGAAGACAGAAUGCUGGAGGAGUUGCCAAAAGAAAUUUGAUUAUGCACACUUUAUUAUAAGAUUAAAAAAUCAUUAUUGUGUUAGUUUUUGUAUAUAUGAAUUUUUUAAAUAAUACAUGUACUUUUCUUACUAUGUACUAAAUUAUGUACUAAAUAAAAAUGUCA